GACUAAGUUUUUUUAUUAAUAUUGUGAAAUAACUCGGGUUAGUUAAGUGCAUUGUUACAAAUGGCUUCUUUAAAUGUUAUGUGUGCAAUUUGCGCUGAAUUCUAUAAAAGUACUGAUUAUGUCUAUUCAACUACUUUUUGCGGUCAUUUAUUUCAUCAACAAUGUUUGCUUCAUUGGUUAACGCGUGCCCAAAAUUGUCCCCAGUGUAAAAGGUUCUGCAAUCGUAAUCGAGUACAUCGGGUUUAUUUGAACUUUGGUGAACGUACUGCUGAAGAUGAUGCCCUUGAUGAAGAACUGUCGAAUUCACCUAUCUGGUUGCCACUUGAACCACCUACACACAAUGGACCAGAAAAGAUACCAGAAGGUGCUAUUAAAGCAGGCAAGGAUCAAAACGGAAAUGAUAUUUAUGUUGCAAGAGUAUACUACGCUGAAGAUUUGUUACCGGCUAACUAUAUACCAAACGUUGGUGGUGCUUAUACUCCCUAUGGCUGUGAUGCACAUUUUGUGCGUAAUGAUGUUGAAGUAUUAGUCGAAUGUGAUUGUGAAUGGAUAUCUGCUGCUAAUGGAGAUGUACCGCCCAAUGCUAUUAUAACAGGUUAUACAAGUUCUGGCGAACAUCUCUACACAGGACGAGCACAAUACAAUAACAUCAUGCUACCGGGUAAAGUCCAUCCAUCACAUAAAGUAUUAUAUAUGCCAUAUGAGGGUAAAGAGGUUAACGUAAAGGAAUACGAGGUGUUAACAUUGAUACCAAAAGAAAAAAAAAACAAAACUAAGGAAUAAUUUUUUAGAAUCUACAUUUCAGAGAUGUCUUGUGCAAUUCUUAUUAAUAUGCUUUUAUAUUUAAACGAAUCUCGUAUAUAAAAAUAAAAUUUUAACAAUAAACGCCUAGCAAGUGUAAA